UGAGAUUCCAAAACCUCAUAAUGUUAUUUUGUCCGUAAAUUUUGCACAACCUGAAAACCGAGUGCUAACCUCAUUUUCCUUCCAUUUAUAAGACUCAAGACCCAUUGACGAAGACUGCUGAAACACCUGAAACUUUUCUUACUAGCUCUUCUUGCGAACUUCCAUGGCUUCAAGGAACUCAUGAGGUGUCAAGAUUACCGUAUGACCACUCGUUCAACUUACUGCGUAAUCUCGAACAUCUCUUCAACCCAAGAAAAUGGUGUUUUUAAGAAUCUUUUGUUUUCAGAGUUUGUUCCCCGCGGUUCACGCACUCCAAAACCCUAUUACCCAAUCACAUUCUUGUUUUUCAACUAUUGGCCGAUUCUCACGUCUCCUUGUAAUUCACCAGAGAUCUGUUCCAUUUUCGUAUCCUUUCUGCACCAAAACUGAUACGGAUUCAGACAACAUUGAUGUUAGGCCGAACAAACGGAAUAAGAAACCCCUAGAUUGUUUCUUCAAAGAAGCGGUUGGGAUUCUAGAAGCUCUUCCACAUGAUGGAGAUGGAUUGGAAACAGAUCAGGUGAGGUGUAAAUUGAGAAAUCUGGAAGAAGAAGUCAGAGUUCUGCAAGAGAAAAGUAAAAAGAAAAUAGACGAAAAGAUUGAGAGACGAGAAAGGAAAAUACAGGCAAUGUCGAAGAAGGAUGAUGAAGCUACAAAAAACCAGUCUAUCGCAGGUAGUUUACACAAAUUAUUUACAAACAAUUCAUUUAACAGUUCAAAUGCUCCAAUGGAAAAAGAUCUUAUGGUUGGGAAGAGACUAUCAUCUGAAAUGGUUAUGCUUGUCACUCACCUGUAUGAGGAGGGGUACUUCAAAGAUGCAAACUUUUUGCCUAAGAAUAAGUUUGAUAUUACUCGCUUUGAUGAUAGCUAUGCUUUGCACUACAUCAAGCACGCGGUUAGGGAGUUUGCAACUGAUAAACAGGAAGUUGUCAAAUGGUUGUCUGCUAGUGACUUGAAAAAGGUAGCUCUCUUUGGUUGCCCUUCUGUUGUGAAGAAGAAUGUGUAUUCAGCUAAAGUGUUGCGUAGGUUCUUCAAGAUACAGGAAGACACAGUGUGCGGAAAAUGUGGUUUAAGAGAUUCAUGCAAGUUUGAGAAUCAGAAUAUGUGGAACAAUGGUAAUGCCAAAGUGAUUCACCUUCACCAUGUAAUGAGGAUCAUCCUUCUCUAUGCCUUGGAAUCAGUGCCUCAAGAAUUGUAUGUUCCUGAAGAAAUUAAGGAACCCGUCAACCGGUUGCUUGAGGAGGUCAUUAACCUUAGCAAGGUAUGUUAAUAAAGACUCAAGGAUGAUAAUGUAUCAGCCUUACUAGCAAUAGAACAUUGCAAUUGACUUUAAGACAACAAUAAUGACUUCGCAAACAACCCAUUCUUGUAUGCAAUGAAGCGCUCUCUAGCUAGUUGGGUGAUAACGGCAUGGAUGGCUCUAAAAUAUACAAGUCUGGUGUGAUUUAUCUACCAGCUAUAUAGGCCUUAGGAUCACGCUUAAAGCUCUUCAAAUCCACAUUGGUAGCACCAAUGUUAGAACAUCCCCUACAGACUCUACGGUCUCCUUAUACUACCUAUAUGGUUUCUGGUUUCAUUGUACCAAUAUUUGUUCUAAAACAAUUUGAAACAAACUUUUGAUGACCGAGUUCUAAAUUCCUAUUCACCUUUAGCAAUUGUUUGCCUAUUUCAG